CUGAAAUUGUUAAGGUGCGGAGCAACGCCAUAUUGUAUUAUGUUCAAUGAGUUAAGUGAUGUUAAAGGUAGUGAGUGUGAAUAUUUCCAUUUGGUAUCGAAGAAAGUGGUAGUUAUACCGGAGAAACAUUAUUUCCUUAAUAUGAGGACCUCCAAAAGAUAAAACCUUACAAGGUCUCCCCAAUGACUGUGAUAUUUAGUGUCUAGGAACAAGAAAAAUUCAAAAUGAGUACACCAGAGGAAAUCAAGGCGGAAUACGCAUCCAGCUUGGCUGACUUAACUUUCAACAGCAAGCCCCUCAUAAAUGUACUCACCAUGUUGGCUGAUGAGAAUUCUCCAAAUGCAAAAGUUAUUGUGGAAGCCAUCGAAACGCAUCUGUCAAAGGUCUCCACAGAUGUCAAACUUCCUAUCCUGUAUCUCAUCGAUUGUAUCGUCAAGAAUGUUGGAGGAACUUAUACUUCUUUAUUCAGUCAGAAUAUUGUGUCUACCUUUUGUGGAGUAUUUAAAGCAACCUUGACCCCUGACAUUUAUUGUGAUACUUACCAAAACAAUAAAUUCAAGGUGGACGAAAAGACGAGAGCGGAGAUGUUUAAAUUGCGACAGACGUGGAAUGAAGUAUUUCCUCAAAUGAAGCUCUAUGCAAUAGAUGUCCAAAUUAACCUCCUCGACCCUGCUUGGCCUGUUACUGCACAACCGCCUUCAAAUAGCAUUCACUUCAACCCAAAAUUUUUAAAAAAGACGACUUCUCCAAAACCAAAAUCAGAACCUGAACCACCAAAAAUUGUGGGAACAGUUCAGCCGAACAUUAACAAGGAAACUCUACUGAUGCAGGAACAAUUAAUACAGAAACAAAAGGAGCUUCUUGAACUGCAACAAAAAAAGCUAGAGCUCGAAGUAUUGCAGACCCAAGUAAAAUUACAGGAGCAAAUCAAACACAAUCCGGCCGUACCAGGAAAGAGUAUACUUCUCAAACCAGAAGUGGCGAAACAGCUCGUUCCUUCGCUAGGGAAAAAUAGACCGGUUGGAAUCGGUGUAGCAACUGCAACACAGCAGCAAAGAUUGCAGGUUACAAACAACAGUACUCGAAUAAAUCCUGUAAAUAGGGAUCUGAUCGAUGCAGCAUCUCGGCCUCUCAUCAGGGAUCCUAGACUUCUCAGACAACAGCAAAAGUCGUCGAAUAAUAACUCAGGUGUUCAGUUAGGGCAAAGGACUGCAUUUUUAGAGAAUAAUAAAAUUGUUACAAAUAAAGUGGGCGGUCGAAAAACUCGAACCGAUCCACGGUUGCUCAAUAAAGAUGAUGUCCCACCCCAAAAAACUGAUACCACUAAACCCGCUAACCUCCCAAAAUCCCACAAAUCGCACAAAACAUCACGAGCCGGAUCCAGAUCAACCGACUCUGAUUCUAGUUCUCUUAAGUCUAGUUCUAGUGGCAGUUUAGAUUCUCCCAGUAAACCUAAAAGUGACACAGUGAAAUCUGCUGCAAAGCACAGAAAAAAAGAGAGGAGUGAUGAGAAAAAACUGAGUCCGACCAAGGAGCCAAAACAUAAAAGUGAAAUUUCUAGUUUUAAGGGUGUUAAAUCUACUGUGAAAAAUCGUAACUCUGUUAGACGCCAUAUUGGAUCUCCAACGCCCGACGUUCCACAGGACGAGGAUCUGCGAUCUUUCGGGCCGCCUGAAAAGCAACCGCGCUUGCAGUGCGAGCCGCCAGAGGAAAAAAAUUCCAAUGUGGUUUCAACAUCGAAAGGUUUGGAUGUUGAUUUUCGUCAUUUACCACCUCCAGCUAUUAUCACUAAAAAAAGAACAUCUUCUGAAGCAUCUCCUGACCAGCACAGCGCCAAAAAAAGUAAAUCGGAAGUUUUUGACAAGUUAUUUGGAGACGAGGAUACGGAUCUAAGGCAGCUGCCCAUUACUGCAGAGCACCAACCAGUUACUAGCACGGAACAACAACAACCUGUUAUUACGGAACAACGUCCCCCUACUCCACCUCCACCUAUCAUAUCUUCAAGUGAGAGUCCUACAGAUAGCCCUAAAUCAGAAUCGCCCAAAAGUAAUUUGGAUGCCAUUAGAGCUAAACUGGCGAAUGCUACAAACAGAGACAAAAUACUUUCUAAAUCAUUCAAUAAAAAGCGACUUAGAGCUUUGGAAGAUCAAGAUCUGAGAGUUCCAAAAGUAUCCUCAACAACUGACUCACCUCGGAAAAUAAUAAUUUCUCCUGAAGAUGAGAAAAUCAUCAAGCUUGGCAACCUCACCAAAGAGCAGGAGAACCUCCUUCUCAACAAAAUAAUUAUGCAAAUGGAGAAAAAUAAAUUGAAAGAGGCCAAGAAAAAAGACAAAGAGGAAUCAUUCAACAUAUCUUUGCAACCAAUAAGUGAUGAGGAAUUUAUUAGUAGUGACGAAGAGAAAGGACGUGUAGAUAAGGGGCAGCAAGAAAAAUCUGAACCGGAUCUCAAACCAGAACCAAACAAAAUGAAGCCUAUUGCAGAGGAAAGCUUGAUACCUUUCAACGACAAAGAUGAAAGGUUGAACGUCGGACCGAUGCCACCACAAGGGGAUUUCAUGCCCGGUCCUUUCUUCCCAAGAGAUGGUAGAGAAAUGAGAAGAUUUCCUGGUCCUCCUAAUUGGAGAGGUGCUCGAGGCGGUCGACGUUUUUGGGAAAAUCCACCAAGGAUGCCUGUCAGGCCAUGGAAUCAACCAGCCCCAUGGAGAAAUUUGCCUCCUCAUCAACAGCAAAGGGACUAUCCUCCACAGCAGUUUCCACAGCCUACAGAUUUCCCUCCGGCACCAGAAGAGGAACUUCCAGUUUCUUCCGACAUUGAGCUGAAAGAUCAUUUACCCAGCGGAGUUGUCAACGAGGAUGAGAUCAAGACUAUUGUCAUUGAUGGCGUUCCGAAGGAUAUUCGAUUCUAUGGCGAGUUGGGUAUCACGUUCAUCAGCUGGGAUGAUCCCAGGGAGUUGACGUUCCAGGAUGAUGGUGUACGACAGAUCACAUUCAACGAUAAAGAGUGUUAUGUGUUUGCUUUGAACCAUCCGUACAAAGAGGUUCUAAUCAAUGGAAGUCUUCAUAAGGUAAAGAUUGGUGCUCCCAGCAGGGAGAUCUUCAUCGAUCAGGUGCCUUAUGAAUGCUUCUUUGGUAGUGUUAUUCGUAUUGACUUAAACGGAGUCAGUACAACCUUGAAGCUGGAAGGACCGCCACCUCCAGUGAAAAUUGGUGACACGAAAAGAACAGAUCUAGUUGCUGGCAAAAUUAAUGUAUGCAUAGACGCUAAGGUUGUUGUACCCGUGUUUCUAGAUGCUAAAGUUCAAAAGUUUGUUCUUGAGGGUGAAACGCACACUUUGAAAUUUGUAAAUGCGUUGGAAACAGUUUUAAUAAAUGAUGUACCUUUUAAUGUUGAAUAUGGUGGUCUCCCUAAACCUAUUGUAAUAAAUGGUAAAAAACAUUUUAUAAGAUUUUCAGUCUUGCCUAAAGGUAUAAAACCCGGUAGGGUGAAUAUCAGGGAUAUGGAGGGCAAGGGCAACAUAAGCCCUAAGUUCGACGAGAACAGUCAAGACAGCAAUCCUGAUAUCGAUGCCUACGAUCCAGCUCUGCCAAUCAUGGGAAAGAUAACAAUCUCAAAGGGGGCCGACUCGCCUGAUAGGAAUUCAAAUUCUCCUAACUUCUAUAGGAACCUCUUGCAGCAACAAAGUUUGAAUAAUUUAGAACGACUGUCCAAUGCUAUGACACCUACAUUGGCUCCCCUCCCUACAGCUGGAGCUUAUCAGGUUGAAAACCAAUCGAAUCUGGAUGUUCCAAAGAAUGAAACUACAACUUCCAAACCAACUCCAGUUAUAAAUAUCAAUGACUUGUUUCAGAAACUAGUAGCCUCUGGUUUUGUUACUUCUACAGACCAGAAAAAACCAACAGUUUCCCAGGAACUUAUGAAGGAAAAUCCACCUAGUUUAAACAAAGAAACUCCUGUUGAAAAACCAAUAGUGAAACCUAUUUCUGGUCCAACGGUCUCUAAACUCAAGAGAAAUACCUGUGAGAAUCUUAGGCCAAUUACAUUUGAAAAGCCGGAGUCACUCAGGAUUCGACAGAAUGUUCUCUAUUUAACUCUGUAUUCCGGAAUGCAGUGUAGCAGUUGUGGAAUGAGAUUUUCACCUGAGGCUAGUAUGCAGUAUAGUCAGCACUUGGACUGGCAUUUCCGGCAAAAUCGAAGAGGAAAGAGGAAUUACCGUGUUGCAAAUAGCCGAAGGUGGUACUAUUCCUUGUCUGAUUGGAAGAAUUACGAAGAACUAGAAGAUUUGGAAGAAAGAGAGAAAAAUUACUUUGAUCAGCAACAGCAGCAAGCUGAUAAUGUUGGAGAGGAGGCAGAAGAAGACACCGUCAUUCCCAGUGUUUCUGCCGAUCCUGAAUCAACAGAUGAAUGUUGCGAUGUUUGUCGAGAUAAAUUUGAUCAGUUUUUCAAUGAAGAAAAGGAAGAGUGGCACCUGAGAAACGCCAUCAGGAUAGAAGACAAAACAUACCAUCCUCUCUGUUACGAGGACUAUCAGCAAUCUCUUUUGGACCAAACGGGAGAUGAGAGUAAAAUCCAAUCACCCGAACCAGCUAAACAAGAGGAAACAACUAUUCCAGGCCUUGAAAUAAUAAUAGAUGUUGAUGAUGAGGAUGAAGACAAUAAUGAGGUAGACACGGAACCAACGGAGGUGGUAUCCUUGGAAAGUGAUGAAUCCAAACAAGUCGAGGACGAAAAUGAUAAGACUGAGCAACCCCUUGGAGAAGGAGGGGAUGAUGAUAAUGACGACGUCAUUCUUAAUGAGGUUGCCCCGAUAAAGAUUGUAGUUGAUGAUGAUGAUGAAGAAAUGGGCGAAGAUAGUAUCGAAUCUGAAACGAAGGGCAUCGUUAAAGUUAAAAGAGAAAGUUUGGAUGAUGGAUUUGUCGAGGUGUCAGGUCUUGUAAGUCUACAGAAUGGAAAACAAAUAAAGAUAAAAGCAGAGCCUGUAGAUUUAGGUGAGUUUAUAAUUUAAAAAGCUCUUAAUGGU